AUGCCAUCAACUAGAAUCACGGAGAAAACGUUGAGAGAGUCUAAUAAGGAAGAAAAUAACAUCAAUGAUAUUAUUCAUACUGUAGCUGCAACAGAACACUCAAACUCGAAGGUAGAGCAUAUCAGUGAUGCUUUACAGAUCAAAGUUGAUUAUCUUGACGUGGGGAACUUAAUCGAGUAUGAGAUCCGAGAGCUGACAGUUGGUGAAUCUAUUGAUGGAAUAGCUGAUAUAUCUUAUAAGACUCAUCUGCUAGUACAUUCAGACAUUGUCAUUACUCAGAACAAAACGGCAAAGGAGAUGGCUGAUCUUAUCAUUACUGAAGUUGAAGGCGAAGAUGACUAUUCGUGGAAUUUUCAAAAUGCGAACAUAUUAAGAAAAUUCAGAAAUGCAGUUGGUCAUUUCCUUUACAUAUGUUGUCAAUCAAAAGAGGUGAAUAUCUAUCACAAAUCUCUCCAUUCGCAUCCAAACCUUUGCAUUGAGAUGCCUGACGAACUAUGGGAAGAGAUCAAAACACACUCGCAUCUUACUGUAGUGGACUUAAAAAAUCAUCUUCGACAUUAA